GCCGGUGGCGUCGUUUUCAAAGUUCCGUAACGGCUGUUCCUCGAGCUGUUUAAACCAAUACAUCCAUGGUUUAAACCUGAAACAACUAAACAUUUUCUCCUAAAACAGCCGUUCACCGCUCAUGUUGGCGACAUGGAUACACUGUAGCAGGAAAGUCAUUAAAGUCUGUGUGCAGGCCUGAAACUAGCAAUAUUAUGGACAACCUGGAUUUCUCAGAAGACGAAAUUCAAGAACAACUGGCUGUUCUUGGCUACAAAAAUAUAUCAAAACACAGGUUGCUUGAAUUUAAGCAAGAGCUUGAUGAACUUAUUCAAAAUGGACAGUGGAAAAGCCUGGCCCCGGUAACUCAAGUAAACGGCAGAAGUCCGAUGGCCGACUCUCAGCCAAGUCCCCCCGCUUACACCAAAGAAAAAGUGAGUCAGUGCUACUUUGGCUCUGGUGAAAGAUUUUUCUUACAUACGGAUAACGCAAACCAUGACAAACAGGUGCUCCCUGCUCAUGAGAACAGAAACCGUCUCUGGCAGCAAGGACGCUGGGAUUCGUACGCUCAACACUCGGUGGCUCCGAAGCUGCAGCUCCCAGCGGGGGCUCCACGCAGGCUGCAGGAGGUCUCGGAUCCUGAAGACUCCCUGGACUCAGCGCGGUCGGACAGCUGCACCUCCGGUCCAGACAUCCAGCAGCAACAACGUUUCAUCAAGAGAAAAGUCCUCAGGAAACAUCAGGGACAGUCUCUCGUCUGUGAUGAAUCGGUCUACACUGACGAUUCGGAUGCAGCCAGCUGUUUAGAAGAGCGACUAGCUGGACUGAAUUUAUCAACAUCACCUCAGCGGGAGUUUGAGGAGCAGACUGACGUCAGCAGCGAUCGGAGCAGCCGGAGUGAUCGGAGUGACGACAUGUCUCUGAGUGCCUUUGAGUCCUACAUUGGAAGAAUGAUUCGAACUCGGGGUGAUCGCGAUCUUAGGCCCAAACCCAAAUCCUUCAUUCGUCCAGUGAUGAGUCAGCAGACCAUCAAAAAGACUGAUCCAGUGGCCAAGUAUUUCCAGUACAAGCAGCUCUGGGAGAUGUUCAAACUUCCUGGAGAGAAGGACAGGAGAUCUCUCCGCUGGGAGAUAAAGGAGCGGCUUGCGUACCAGCCUCCACCUCCUAAACCCCGGCGAGCUCUCGUCCCCAACACCUACGUCGUGCCAACAGAGAAGAAGCGCUCGGCGCUGCGCUGGGAGGUCAGGAACGACCUGGCCAGCGGUUUCCUCCCACACAAGCUCGGCUGUCAGUUUUAGGCCUUAAGAGCUGCACAUUCUUUUAAUAAAUACGACAUUGUCUGGUUUUAUUACAGGUAUUUAUUGACUUUUUUGUAUUGUUUAAU